AUGAGGGACCGCUAUCCCUUGCCCUUACUGAGCGAGACCUUGCGAACGAUAGCCAAGGCAAGGUGGUUCACCAAGACAACUUUCAGAACGCGCUAUGGAUCCUUCGAAUGGCUGGUAGUUCCAUUCGGCCUGACAGGCGCACCAGCAGCCUUUCAGCGGUACAUUAACAGCGCGCUCCAGGAUUACCUAGACGAUUUUGUGUCAGCAUAUAUCGACGAUGUCCUGAUCUUCUCCUCUGGAAGCCUACAAGACCACCGCGACAAGGUCGGCAAGGUCCUCCAACGACUGAUGGACGCCGGGCUGCAACUGGAUAUCAACAAGAGUGAAUUCGAAGUCAAGGCUGUGAAAUACCUUGGGUUUAUCAUCGAGGCGGAGUGUGGGAUCCGAGUCGACCCUGAGAAGGUUGAGGCUGUGAAGGAAUGGGCAACCCCGACGAAUGUUAAGUCCGACGUGCCAUUCCGUUGGGAUGAAUUGUGCGAAGAAGCCUUCGAGAAGCUCAAGGACCUGUUGAUCACGGCCCCGAUCCUGCACACUUCCAUCCAGAAAGGGAGACUAUCGUGGAAGCAGACGCUUCAGGAUUCGCGUCGGGAGGCAAACAUUCGGCAGCCGAAGCGAACUACGCUAUCCAUGACAAGGAGCUACUCGCCAUUCUCAGAUGUUUGGAGCAGUGGGAACCAGAGCUACGGGCAGUAG